AUGGCCACCACAUUGACCAAGGAUCUCACUGAGAAUUCUUUCGAGAAUCCUCCCCGCCAGAGGAUCCUCGUUGGAUCAGAAGGAAACACUUGGAUUUGGUCUCCUGACGGCUGGGACCUGACUCACUCAGCAGACCCAAGCUCGAAAUUGCCAGGGAGAGGCGUCCACCUCGAUUGCGAACUCGUCAACGUCAAAAUUGACCCAAUCAAGACGGCUUUGGUAAUCAUCGACAUGCAGAACAUCGGUUUGAACAAAGCACUCGAGCCGCCGUCCGCCCCCCCAAUGUAUGAAGCUCAGGACGCGAUUCUCCAAUACGCCAUACCGGCCGCGCGCAAGCUUGGCCUCCAGAUCAUCUGGCUUAACUGGGGCCUCCCUGAGGAUGAUCUCGCCAGCAUGCCACCGGCCGAAGUUCGCGUGUUUGCCUUCGAUGUCAACACGGAAAAGGCCGACUACGGACUUGGGGACCGGCAUGGCGACCCUGAUGAUCCUGCAAACUUCCUCAAAUGCGGUGAACGGCCAAAUCUCAACAAAUUACCAGGCACGGAGCUCGGAGAAAUCGUCUUGGAGGAUGGCAGCCGGGUCAACGCCGGCCGGGUGAUGAUGAGGGGAACCUGGAAUACUGCCUUGCAUGGGCCCUUGGCCGGCGCGUACGAGGAGGGCAAGAAAGCGGCCCGCCCAGACGUUUGGAUCCAUAAAAAUCGCAACUCUGGUCUCUGGAACGAGAAGUCUGCGUUUGGCGAGUAUCUGAAGAAGGAAGAAAUCCGCACCCUCCUGUUUUCGGGUGUCAACACCGAUCAGUGUGUCGGCGCUACUCUACAAGACGCUCAUGCUCAAGGUUUCGACACCAUCAUGCUGAAAGACGGUUGUGGAACAGAUAGCCUGCCAUAUGCAAAAGCAACUUACGAGUUCAAUUGUGCCCGAUGCUGGGGCUUUCUAACCAGCUGUAAAGCCCUUGCGAAAGCAGCAGAAAUCGUCUCAGUAAAUCCAUUAUGA